GCCAGCGGAAAGUCAAGCCUUCUAAGCUUCUAUUCGUCUUCAUCUUUGUUCUCAUGAAUGCCGAGUGCAGUUCCCUUAUGAUGAACUGCUCUCAUCCGGACGCACCCUCCCUGCUGGAGGCUCUCAAACCAGUUUUCAAACUGAGCGCCAUUCGACCCGUCAGGAAUAUAUCAACCAUCACAGAAGUCAACAUUUCCUUCAUCCUGUAUGGCAUUUUGGGGGUGGAUGAAAAGGCCCAAAUCUUGACAACUUUAAUCUGGCAAUCUGUAAGUUGGACAAACGAGUUCAUCUGGUGGGACCCAGAACAGUGUGGCACUUCAUCGAUCACAGUCCCAAGAAAGCUACUGUGGGUACCAGAUGUGGUCAUUAAUGAAUUUAUGGAGAAGAACUCAGCUCCUUUCACUCCAUACACCUAUGUGUAUAAUGACGGCUUUAUUUUGGAUCAACUACCUGUCAGAGUGGUCAGCUCCUGCAGACUGGACAUCUACAUGUUCCCGUUCGACGUCCAGAACUGCAGCUUAAGCUUCAACUCCUACGUGUACCGCAGUAAGGAGUCUGCUGUACAGAUUGGCCUCCCAGGGCCUGCAGGGGAAAUAUUUGAAAUGUCGAAAGAAUUGAUGACGACUAUGGGCGAGUGGGAACUAAUUGGAAUCACAGUGGAGAAAUUUGUUUUUAAUGCUGACUAUGAUGACUUUUAUGAGGAGCUUCGUUUCUAUGUGUCCCUGAGGCGUCGGGCCACCCUGUACGUGGUGAACCUGCUGAUCCCAAGCUGCUUCCUCAUCACGGUGGACCUCUUCAGCUUCCUGCUGCCUCCUCAGACUGUGGACCGCUCCUCCUUCAAGAUGACCCUCAUCCUGGGCUACACCGUCUUCCUGCUCAUCAUGAACGACCUGUUGCCCGUCACAGGAAACACCAUACCUCUCAUGAAUGUGUUCCUGUCUCUGUGCCUGGGUCUGAUGGUGGCCAGUCUGCUGGAGACUAUCCUGAUCACCAACCUGCUGUGCGGCUCCACUCAUUAUUCUGCAGUUCCUCACUGGAUCAGAGUCCUUGUUCUCCAUAUCCUGGGCCCACUGGUGCGACUUCCUCAAAAGUCCAGAGAUCUACAAGACGUCACAGUUUCCUCUGUGAUGGAAGAGGACAGCGAGGCUCCAGAGCAGAAAGGACCUCUGAAUAAGGACAAGGCCCUGGACGAGCUGAGGAGCCUGGGUAAGGAGCUCCAGGGUCUCCGGCUCCAGGUGGAGCAGCAUCUGGGUGGGAGCCAAAGUUCAGAGGAGUGGAUCCAGGUGGGUUUCAUCAUAGACCGCCUGCUGUUCGGCUUCUACAUCCUCUUCAUAUCAGUCAGCUUCAUCACCAUCAUCAUCAUGUGGGCGCGGUCGUACGAUCCCUGAUUUAGAUGCAGGGUCAUUAUUUACCCUUUAAUUGUUUUCAAGGCAGAUACAGGAAUAUGCAAAGACCAGUUAAAAAUCAUAUUUGAAAUAUUUGAAUGUGACAUGACACCUCACUUGAUCUGUCCUCCCUUCAUUAUUCAUUUUAAUCAUUUAUUUACUUUUUAUUCUUCAAAUGAUUUUUUUUUCACAAACAAAUAUCUGAGAGCGCUUGAAAUCCCCUCAUUUGUUUUUUCUGCACUGUCAGUGAAGCAGCACCAGUUCUUUUUGCUUUUCUUUUCCCAUCAGUAGGUCAGUAAGACUGGGACGUUUGUGAAAUCCAUCUUGAUCUGUAACGUGUCACUUCAGGUUUCUAUCCUUCUUGUUCUCUUGUCCCACUCGUUCUCUUCCGGCUGAUGAACCAUGUUUGUGUAAUUUCAGGCUCCAUUUAUUCUUUUCUCUUUUGUUUGUAAAGUUGUUGCUACCUCCACACACUCUCUGAUACAGAAAUGGUAAUAUGAGCUACUUUCAGACAGGCAUUGAACCCUGGACAAGUCCGGAGAAGUGAGUGUUGAUGACUUUUCAUCACGAGAUGGUUGUUAAACACAAAAGACUACAAAUUUCUCAGGAUAAAAAAGAGGAGCCAUACAUAUACACUGCUCUGUUCUUCAUAUGUGAAAGAUACAUUUUGCAUUCCAAUUUUCCGGCCAUUGUCCAAAGUUCAUGUCUGAAAAGCAACAAAGGCUUCAUUGAUCGAUGAUUUCAAUAUUCAUGAAGCGUAUAGACACACCAGAAGAUAUAAAGUGGUUAAG